AUGACUCCAGGCAACCUUGCUGCAUUUAUACUCGCAACGGCACCACAAACCGCAGCACGAGCAGCAGAUGAUGGAAAGUACAACAAACGAAAGUAUGUUAGUGGAAACCAUGGGAAAUAUGUGCGCACCAACGAAGGUGACUAUGUAGAAGAUUUGGAUCGCUACCGCUAUGUUCACUACGACGAUGGCGACCGGGGGCGCUACAUCCAUGUGCACAUCCCGUACGACGGUGGAUACGGUAACUACGAAGGGGGGCACGAACCCUUCCGUAAUCCUCCGUACGAUGCCACAGGGUUGUACGCGUAUGUGCAAAGACCGAAAAAUGACACUUGCCUGCGGAUGAUAGAACAAUACUUUAACACUUGCAGCGAUUUCAACGUAGACGGAAAUCCGUUCAGGGCCAGCGAGUACGACAUCAAGAAACCCUCUCUGUACCUGGAGUAUGGGACGCCAUAUGCGGAGUUCAACUACGGAGCAUCGACACGCCGGGAAAAGCAGUCGGCACGCUCGGCAGAACCAGACCCGCGUGUGUCCAAAUUUCCGGGCCUAACGUACCUUCCAGCCUUAGAAUCUCCCACUGAGCAUAAAAAUCCGAACGAAUUUGUUAGAAAACAGCAAAAACUUGUCCCACCAGUUGGCAGUUUACCAGUAACGAGUCCUCGUACGGACGAAACAAAGCUUCGCCUUAUCACGGAAGCUUCCGAGUCCACUUUCAGCACCACAUCGGCAUAUCGUGGUAGUGCAACCCCUGCGUCAAUCACGUUUACGUCACUUGCCGGGGCAAAACAAUCCACCGAACAGCAGUUACAGCAAUGUCGAGCAGAACUGGAGGAAACCCGACGAACAUUAGACCGCAGCCUAUAUAAAGUGGAGCAUUCUUCAAGUAGCAUACAUCAUUUGACCGACUUCCAUCGGAACGGUGAAUCUUCAAGUUCUAGAAGUGCGCGGUUAUCCAAGAACAAAAAUUCGCUACUCAAGUGUUUCAAAAAUGAAGAGUUUAAUUGUGCGAAAACAGUGCGAAUAUAUCCAGGAUUCAGAACCGUAUCGUCUUUUCAGUUCUCGUUGCUUUGCGGUAGCUGCAUUCUCGCUCAGAACUUCAAUGAUGGAAAGUAUUACCCGGAACUGUAUGCGAGCAAAUUCGACGAUGGCAAAUAUCGAGGAGAUAACACUGGCGCCUACAAGGGCGGACAAUUCACCGGAGCUGGCGGUUCAGGCGGCAAAGGUAGCUCCGGCUUCGGAAGCGGCAGCGGUCUAGGAGGCGGCAGCAGCUUUGGAGGAUCCAGCUUUGGCGGUAGUGGCUUCGGAGGCGGCAGUGGUGGAUCAGUUACAGUACUUGGAUCUGGCCAAGGAGGCGGUUUCAGCGCCACCGCAGGAGCAGGAUUUGGUUCAGGAGGCAGUGGAUUCGGAGCUGGAUCCGGCAGUGGUGGAUUUGGCGGUGGCAACGCCUUCGGAAGCGGAGGAUCCGCAUUUGGUGCUGGAGGUGCUGGUGGUGCUGGUAGCCGUUUCGGAGGUAGCAGUGGUAGCUCUGCCGGUCAAAUUCAAACCCUGGUUGAUGAACGGGACCUGAACGAAAAUGGAUACAAGUACAAGUUCCAAACCGAAAAUGACAUCAAUGUCGAACAGACCGGUGUCGUCGAUGCCAGCCAACCCGACAGCCCGCUGCUGCGUGUGACCGGUUUCUACGAAUUUACCGCCGAUGAUGGUGUCAAAUACCGCGUGGAUUACACUGCCGAUGAAAAUGGAUUCGUCGGUACUGGUGCCCAUCUGCCAACACCUCCUCCAAUUCCAGAGGAAAUCCUGCGGUCGCUGCAACUGCUGAGUCAGGGCAAAAAGUAG